UCACUUUGCUAUGCUUCAUAAUGAUAAUUACGUAUUAAAAUAAAUAACCAUCCAGUGGAAACAGUUGAAAUAUUUAAUAUAAUAAUAUACUAUAUUUUUCUUGGCAUGAUUAGACAUUAAGAACAUUCAUAAUAAUCACUUGCGACAAACGAAAUGAGUGAAAAGAUCAAGGUGUGUGUAAUAGGUGCAGGUGCAGCGGGUUUAUGCGCUGCACGUCACUUGGCGGGAGAUCCAGAUACAUUUGAAUUCGUAUUAUUUGAGAAAUCUACUGACGUCGGUGGAACUUGGACUUAUGUGGAGGAAGUUGGCCGGGAUAACUAUGGUUUGCCUAUACAUUCCAGCAUGUAUAAAAAUCUCAGGACAAAUUUGCCAAAAGAAAUCAUGAGUUUCCCCGAUUUUCCUGAAAUAAAAACUGAUGGUACGGACAGCUGUCUUUUACAUUCUGACAUUUUAAAAUAUUUGAAAGAUUAUUCUCAACAUUUUCAAUUGCAUGAUUUUAUAAAAUUUGAAACGCUUAUCGAAAGGGUAAAAUUAGUGACAGUGAACAAUGAAGAAAAGUGGAAAGUUGACACUCACGAAUUAACAACAUCCAAAAAAGAAAGUUUAUACUUUGAUGCAGUCAUGAUAUGUAACGGGCAUUAUUUCGAUCCAUACAUUCCAAGCAUUCGUGGACUCGAUAAGUUCAAUGGUGAAAUAAUACAUAGUCAUAAUUAUCGAAUACCCGAAGCUUUUUUAGAUAAAAAAGUAAUAGUAUUGGGAGCCUCUAGUUCCGGAAUCGAUAUAGCUUUCGAGUUAAUUGGUAAAGCUUCACAUGUUUAUUUGAGUCACAAUAACUCCAGAUUAAGCAUAGCGGAUUCGGAUGGUUUUACCCAGGUUCAGGGCAUCGAUAGAUUCGAAAAUGACAAAUUUAUUUUAAAAGACAAAACAGCAAUUGCAGCUGACGUUCUUAUGCUUUGUACGGGCUAUAAAUUUUCAUAUCCCUUCCUCGACGAUAAUUGUGGCAUUUCUGUCGAUGAUAAUUACGUUAGCCCACUUUACAAACAUUUGAUCAAUAUCACACGCCCGACUAUGUGCUUCAUUGGAAUUCCUACCGUAGUUGUACCUUUUCCUAUGUUUCAUAUGCAGGUUCAGUAUUUUUUAUCGGUGCUCAAAGGUAAAAGGUUGCCCUCGAAAGACGAUCAGAUUGCCGAUUCGAAUUCAAGCAUUGCCAAUGGUACAGUAGCCAAACGUCACGCGCACAAAUUAAGUCACAAUCAGUGGGCUUACAACGACGAUUUGGCGCAAGACGGACAAUUUCCAGCUCUACCGGAUUAUUACAGAUCAGGAUACGAGGCAUGGUGGACCAAAAAACGGGCCAAUCUUCGAGAUUACAAAAAAUUUUGCUUGGUCAUUGACAAAAAAGACGAUGGUUCGAGCUCGGUACAAGUUGUCGAUCCACGAAAUUGAUUCAAAAUAAAAUAUGCAUAUAAUAAUGAACGUAUAUACAAAUGAGCGUUGUGUUUGUGAACUUCAUACCGAUCUCGUGGACGAAUAAUCCUUCAA